CACACGGUGAGGUGGGCUCAACCUAAACCUGCGUAUCGAAACGGAAAGCGCUUGAAACGAAACGAAACACGAACCAAAUAUCUUCUCAGGCCAAAUUUGAGUUAUUUUAAUCAUCGUACACGUGGUCAGAUUUUCUCAAAUAGAGGGAGGUGAUAUGUGACAUGUUUUGGGGAGAGGCCUCUGUGCUGCUGCUGACAAGCCGAGACAACAACACCUCAAUCAGCUGGAGAUGUUGUAAACAGAAGGAGUGGAUCAAGGGAAGGAGCUCACUGCAAUGGAGUGUGUAGCAGAGCUGUGGGUCUGAUGAGGCUGGAGCUGUGGUCACUAUGGCUCACUUUGACACAGAGUACCAGCGCCUGGAGGCGUCCUACAGCGACUCUCCUCCUGGAGAGGAGAACCUGCUCAUGCAUGUGCCCGAAGGGGUCAAGUCUCAAUGGCACCACAUCGAAAACCUGGACCUGUUUUUCCAGAGAGUCUAUAAGCUACAUCAGAAGAAUGGUUUCACUUGCAUGCUGCUGGGGGAGAUCUUUGAGCUGGUUCAGUUGUUCUUUGUGGUCGGCUUCACCGUGUUUCUUGCCAACUGUGUGGACUAUGACAUUCUGUUUGCCAACAAGUUUGUAAAUCACACGGACUCAUCUAAAGUGACGCUGCCUGACGCUUUUAUUCCAGUGGAUGUCUGCACCGCUCGAAUAAGGGACAAUGCUUUUGUAAUAUUUGUUCUCAUAAUCUGUGGAGUGUUUUGGUUGCAUCGCCUGGUGAAGUUUAUCUACAAUGUGUGCUGCUACUGGGAGAUCCGGUCUUUUUAUAGAAACGCCCUUAAAAUGAGCAUGUCGGAACUUCCCUAUGCAACAUGGCAGGAGGUCCAAGCCAGAAUAGUGGAAAUACAAAAGGAACAUCAGAUUUGCAUCCAUAAGAAAGAAUUAUCAGAGCUGGAUGUUUAUCACCGCAUUCUACGAUUUAAAAAUUAUAUGGUUGCCAUGGUGAACAAGUCGCUUCUACCAGUGAAAUUUCAGCUCCCUGUCCUCGGGGAGUAUGUGUUUUACACCAGAGGACUCAAGUAUAACUUUGAGCUCAUCUUCUUUUGGGGGCCAGGUUCUCUAUUUGAAAAUGAGUGGAGCUUGAAGCCUGAGUAUAAGAGAGGAGGAAACAGGCAUGACCUAGCGGAAAAGCUGGCAUCUCGUAUUCUGUGGAUCGGCAUCGCCAAUUUAUUACUCUGCCCUGUCAUCCUGGUUUGGCAGAUUCUUUAUGCCUUCUUUAGCUACACAGAGGUGAUCAAACGAGAGCCGGGGUCUCUGGGGGCCCGCUGCUGGUCUCUGUAUGGGGAAUGUUAUCUGCGACACUUCAAUGAGCUGGACCACGAGCUCAUGUCACGCCUCAGCAAAGGAUACAAGGCUGCUUCCAAGUACAUGAACUGUUUCCUGUCACCAUUACUGACCGUCUUGGCCAAAAAUGUGGCAUUUUUUGCCGGCUCUCUCCUGGCUGUGCUCAUCGCCCUGACUAUCUAUGACGAAGACGUUCUAGCGGUGGAACAUGUCCUCUCCUCCAUCACCCUGCUCGGGGUGUGCAUCACCAUCUGCAGGUCGUUCAUUCCAGAUAAGCACAUGGUGUUUUGUCCGGAGCAGCUGCUAAAGGUGAUACUGGCUCAUAUUCACUACAUGCCCGAUCACUGGCAGGGCAAUGCUCACCGCUCGGAAACCCGGGACCAGUUCUCACAGCUCUUCCAGUACAAAGCAGUCCUGAUCCUCGAGGAGCUGCUGAGCCCUGUGGUGACCCCCAUCAUCCUGAUCUUCUGCCUGAGGAGGAAGUCCCUGGAGAUCAUCGACUUCUUCAGGAACUUCACCGUGGAGGUGGUGGGAGUGGGGGACACCUGCUCGUUCGCUCAGAUGGACAUCAGACAGCAUGGACACCCAGCAUGGAUGUCUGAGGGGAAAACUGAAGCCUCCAUCUACCAGCAGGCGGAGGAUGGGAAGACGGAGCUCUCUCUCAUGCACUUUGCCAUCACCAAUCCUCAGUGGCAACCUCCACAGGAAACCACUCACUUCCUCAGCCAGCUCAAAGAACGUGUGCACCGAGAAGUGACGGGACACGCCGGGGACACACACCAGUACUCACUGUCCGAGUCUGAGCCGAGGAGCCUGAUUGCUAACCUGCUGACCGGACCGUCCACUCUGGGCUCGGUUCACUUUGCCCGGGAUGCCUCUUUAGCCAACCACGCUGCAGCCGCCAUCAACGACUCUGCCUCGGCCCUGCGGUCCCUCUCCCCUGUCAGCGGCAGUCUGAGCGCAGUCCAGAGAGGCCACGCUUCCACCGUCAGCAAGGCAAUGGCUGGCUCUGGAACCGAUGCCCGCACUGUGAGCUCAGGCAGCAGUGCAUGGGAGGGGCAGCUCACCAGUUUGGUCUUAUCAGAGUACGCCUCGACAGAGAUGAGCCUCCAUGCCCUUUACAUGCAUGAGUUCCACAAGCAGCAGUCGCGUGGAGAACUGCCGCGUCACACUUGGCACAGACAGGACAGUGACGAGAGCAGCGACAGCAUCCCAGACGAGGUGAGGAGCGAGCCCCCGCGUCGCUCCAGGAACCUGCCCCGCUCGCACACCUUCCCCGCCGCAGCCCCCAGCCCCAGCGAAAUCCCCAAGUCUGCCUCCGAUACCAGCACUAACACCAGAGGCCAGGAGGGGGCGCCGCCUUCUGCUGACAGACAACCAGAUUCUUUAGGUGCUGGGACAAAGUUUGUGAGGACUGCUCGUGUGCCCAUGGGAGGAUGGGCAGACGACAAUCAGGCUUCGCCCAGAUUCCCUGAGCCCCUUCCAGAGGAGAGCUCCGACGAUGACAUGCCCCCUCACAUACACAAGGUGACGUAACCACGGUUCUUGGCAUCAGUGCUGACUGUUUACACUUUAAAUCUGUCUUCAGCUUCCAUCUGCCGCUUCAGAUGAGCAAGAUGAAUUCUUUUGAACUCACAAAUGUAUAGUUAUGUAAAUCUAGACUUUACUGUAUCACAUAUUGUUUAUUGGUAUCAACCACUGUAGAUUACAUCUUCUUACUGAUCCUCAUCGCAGUCAUUUCUCUUGCCUGAUCCAAUUUAACGUGGACUAUUAAUUAAUGAGAUAAUAAUCAUAUUUGUAUUCUAUGAAAAUUAUAAUGCCUUUUAUGGUAAAUGUUUUUUUGGUUUUUUUUUUGUUUUCUGUCACUGUCAUAUUUUAACAAUUCCUGGUUAGAUUAUAAAGCUCUUGAGCAUUAAUUAAUUGCCAAACAGAAGCCCAAAGCACAAUAGCAUGUUUUCCUUUAUGCAUAAUGAGACAGAAGAACUAUUAACUUAAGCAUAGCAUUGUUUUUUCUGGGUUGAAUAUUUUUCAUACGCACAUAUUUUUGCACUUUACAGAUGGUGUCAUACGGUUAGUGUAUUUGUUUGUACUUUUAUGUUUUAUUUAUCAAAACAGGGAAGUGCCAUGGAAAAAAUAAAGAUUGAUGUACGAUGUUUUAUUUUGUUCAUUUUAAUUGUUACUAAUAAUUAAAUUAAUUAAUAGUUUAA